GAAUUAAGCCUAACACAAUGGACAAUGCGACCAACAGCACACACAGACAUGGAGGUGACUUGUGUUCCCUCACAGUCUGCCAGGAAAUUCUUCAGCAGUUAGAAGCUGUUUUAUCAGAAUGUAAUAAGCCACAAGCCUGUGAUCUGAUAGAGUAUUUCCUUUACUUACAUGAAAGGUAUAAACUUUCCAAAAGUGACCAGACUUGUUUGGACAACAUCAGCAAAUAUUCAGGUUCUGAGGGUAUAUGUUUGAAAAGUACUGAAAGCAGGACAAAUAAAGUUUUGAAAGAUGAAGAAGAUGAAACCUUAUCAUCCACUCCCACUCAGUCUAGUGAUAUUGAUACAGAAAGAUUCAAGUGUCCACAUUGUCAUGCUCAGUUUCAGUCUAAAUUAAAGGUGCAUAUUCAUCUUGCUUUAAAACAUCAGGGCUGUCUGAAGAAAUCACGAAAGACAAGACAUGACACAGAGUUUUCCAUUGGAGCAGCCUGUCCAUUAUGUGGGAAAAUGUUCUCAAAUUACAAGAAAUUAAAAACCCAUAAGAAAAUGUGCUUACCAAGCUUAAUGCAAAGGAAACCUAAAGUAAAAGCACUGUAUCAAAGGUUGUAUAAAAAGUCAUAUCAACAUAGACUUGUACAUCCAGGUGGCACUCAGAUGCAUCUGUCCCUUUACACUUGUACUUGUGGACAAAACUUCAAAUGGAAAAGCAUUUACUUUCAUCACAAAAGAAAAUGUAAAUCAGGAACAAGAACAAAGGCUUCUGGGUUGCGUGAAAAAGUCAAAUACUCUUGUUAUCCUCAAUUGGAAGGGUCUGGUGCACAAACAAAAGAAGAAGUUAGAGAUUCAUUGACUACCUAUAGCUUGGAAGAAAAGUCUGGUGAAAGUCUCUACAGUGAAGACACUUUGUUAUCAAAAAAGAAUGAUGUGCUAAGUAAAAUUGAAAGCUUCAGUCUACCAAGCAAUGACCACAAGGAAGUUGAAGAACACAGUUCUAUGAAAGAUCAAAAUGCUGAUGUCUUAAAGAUGGAAAGUGUGGCAUUGAAUACAAUCGACAUAAGUCAUCCCUAUCCUAAAUGUAAACAAGAAAGGUUGGAUGACCAUGAACUGGAAAGUGAGGGAAUGUUUUUCAAAGGUUCUCAAAGUAAGACACUGAUAAAAACAGAUGGAUCAAGGAGUUUGGGGGAAUGUGAUGGAAAGAUGGUGUCAGUGAAGAGUGAACCAACAGACAAUUACUUUCAGGUUGAAGGACUGAACUUAUCUAAAGAAUGCUUAAAGGAAAGUGAUAACAGCAUGAAAGAGGAAGCCCCUUCAAUGAUGGAUAACAGAGAACCACAGGAUAAGUUGAGUGAGAGGUCUGCUACUCAGAUGGUAGAGGAAGUCUCUGAUUGUGAAACCUUCUACAUGGAAGAUGAGGUAGCCAUUGUUGACUUGUCAAAUAUGAAUGUUACAGUGAGUUCUUCUGAUGUACAGAAAGAAAAGUUUGCCAUUGCAUCAAGUGAAUUGGAUAAUGGGGACUAUGUCCAACAGAAUAGUGGCAAGGGGCACCAGUAUGUAUUGAAUCUCAGCAAUAAGCCAGAUUCUAGAGAAGAGAGAUUAGAAAUGCAGAAACAUUAUGAAAAUACAUGUGGAGUAAAACAAAUUAAUCAGACAUGUUCACAAUGUCCUAAUUGUCUUGCAUUUUACAAGACUUCACAAGAACUAAUUUUCCAUAUUCAAAAUUCACAGUGCAGAUUUGUAUUUGAUUCAGCAAAUACCAAAGCUAUUCAUCAUCGACUUUGUCGAAUAUGUAACCUGACUCUGACCAGCUAUCCUGCCUUUGCACUACACUUGCAAGAGAGACAUGGACUUCAGGGUAUUAACAAUAUGAAGGAGAAUUCCCAAAUGAAACCUUGUAAAAUUUGUGGACAAAAGUUUCUCUCUGAAGCAUAUCUUAGAGAACAUGUGCAAGGUAAGCACAGCAGUGUCCGAAGGUAUGCUUGUACCUGUGGAAAAACCUUCAAAUGGAGAAGUUCCUUCAGCGGACAUAGAAGGAACUGUAGUGGAACAAUAUCAUGCAUAAAUAAACCUUAUCCCACUACAAUGUGUAGAUACACCAGGAAGAGACAGGGCUUGUUUAAUGCCAAUUUACCACCAUCUGCAAUGCCCAGAAUUGACAAAGAAGCACCAGUUCAACCAGAGAAAAUAGAAAAUGGCUUUGGAAUGGGAAAAAUUCCAGGUGUGCAUACUAUUUUAAAUGACCUAAAAGAAAAGUUUUCUAAACCUAUAACUGCUGAUACUGUCACAAAUCUCAAAGCAAAGGGUGCCUCCACUUUGCUUCCAAGGGCACAUUCAGAGGUUGUUCCACUUAAACUAGGGAGCAAGGCCCCAACAAACUCUUUGAAAACGGACCUUAACUCACCUGCCACUCAAAAAAUAAUUGAAAGUUUGAAGCAGCGAGCAAAUUUUAAAUGGCCAUGCAACAAAAACAUAUCAAAAAGCACUUCAAAAUCUGAUCCUCAGAUUACACAACAUUCAUCAAGUGAUCUACGCAAAUCUAUCGUUGUUUCUUCUGCUUCGACAAAGAUAGAUUCUGGAUCUCAAAAGCAAAGUCUUCCGACCAAAAGCACAGCACAGACCGAGGGCAGCAUUUUCUUGCAAAAUUCUGGCAGUCCAUAUGGAAUGGUAUUUCCCGUAGGAGAUUCAGCAGCUAAUCUGACUCAAUAUCUGCAAUAUCAAAAUUCUUUUGGGUUCAGUCCUCUAAAUAUGCAACAAUUGUAUCAUCAAAUGUCAGCAUCGUUGUCCAAGAUAUUAUCAUCACAAAAUAUGAAAACAAAUUUGAAUGAGAAUAGUUUUAACAGAAGUGCAAACGGAACAUCCGAAAACUUGCCAGUGCAAUAUGUCAACAAGUCUCAAAAUAAACCACUAAACAUAGAAAAUCGUAACUAUACAGGCAGCCAAAUGGAGAAAAAAUCUGAACAAUCCUCAGCUUCAUUUGUCGGAAACUCAUUUACCUGUCCUACAUGUAAAAUGUCAUUCUUGGAAAAGGUGUCAAUGGAGAUGCACAGUCUUAAAUGUAAAAAUCGGUCCAUGUCCAUUUACACUUGCUCUAUAUGUGGAAUGAAGUUAAGGGGGAAGGCAUCACUUCGUGAGCAUACACUUGGAAAGCACAGUGCCACACGAUACUCUUGUUCAUGUGGAAUGAAGUUCAAGUGGAGAAGCUCUCUUGGGUCACAUCAGAAACAUUGUAAUGAGUACAUGAAGAAAUUUUACUAGUUCUCAUGGUACAAAGAGUCUAUUUACUGUUAGUGCCAUAUACUUCAUAGUUUUUGAUAACUGUAUGUUGUAUUGUUUCUGUGUCAAUGUUAAUAAACAAGGAAAUGUU